AUGUCGUUCUCAACAAGGCUCAAGAUGGCCUGGGGCUCUACGGUAUCGUACUUUGAAAGCUUUGCUGACAAGAAGAAGGAGAUGAUGGUUACCUAUGAUGUCGUAAAGGGCAGUGGUCGCACUGGAAGAUCCGCUCGAUCUACGGGAGGGAUACCCCAGCAGCCUCUAUAUGAUAUGGAUGCGAGUUCCGAAUAUCAAGAAGAAGAAUAUGCUUCUGAGAUUCCCUACGAAGAUGUCGGUAAUCCUGAAGGUUUUUACGAUGAAGGAGAAUUUCCCAUGGGUCCUCCCAUGGGCCCUCCUAUGGGAUACCCUCCUAUGGGAUACCCUCCUAUGGGGUACCCUCCACCGAUGGAACCAGGCUACCUACCUUAG